AUGGACAAUAAAGUAUUCUUCUUCAUCAUCUUCUUCUUUAGCAAUGAGAACCUGCUUAUGUUGCAGGAGACCAGUGCUGUGCGGGAAAUGUUUCGUGAAACCACAUUUGACAAUGGAGAGAUGUUGGAGUUUGCUAAAUAUGCCUAUAACCUGGAGUACAACCUGUUUGGAACAGAGAUGCUGAACUAUGCCUAUAACCUGGAGGUGGACAUGCCCAGUGACAGCCAGAGAGUCAAACUUGUGGCGUUCCUGGUCCAGGAAGGUUAUGAGGACAACAUUGUCAUCGCCCAUGACAUCCACACCAAGAACCGUCUCACCAAGUACGGAGGCCAGGACUACUCACACAUUCUGAAGAAUAUUGUGGCCAAGAUGCUGAGCAGAGUGAUCAACCAGACCCAGGUGGACAAGGCCCUCAUUGAAAACUCUAAACGCUGGCUCACAUUCAAAUGA